CUGAUGUUACAUUAACUCUCUUCAAACCCAUCGACAAAAAUCACGCAAAAUUCAGAAACCAGACAUUCUUCCUUCGAUUAGAUUGUCUUAUUACACAGAAAUGGCAUUGUCUCUAAGCUUUGUCCGAUGCUCUUACACUGCCAUCGCAAUAGUCACCAUUGUUCUGUCACUCUCUGAUCAGUUCCAUGCAAGAAGAAGUCUCAAUGUUCUGAGCUACGGGGCUACACCCAACGGUGCCGUGGACUCCACGCAAGCGUUUUCCUAUGCUUGGAAGGCCGCUUGCGAAACAGCGGAUUCCACGGUGAUUUACGUGCCUAGGGGAAGGUAUUUGAUCGGGCAGGCCUUGAGAUUUGAAGGCGAGAGCUGCGGAAACAGAGAUAUAACCCUAAGGAUUGACGGAACGUUGAUUGGUCCACAAGAUUAUGGGUUGCUUGCGAAACAAGAUUACUGGAUCAAUUUCGUUGGAGUCAAUGGAGUUACGAUCGUUGGAGGGUCUUUUGACGCGAAGGGGUCAUCUUUGUGGAGCUGUAAGGCUAACGGGCAUGACUGCCCCGAAGGCGCAACGACAAUAAGAUUCGUGGACUCAAACAACGUAAAGAUCAAAGGGUUGUUGUCACUGAACAGCCAACUGUUCCACAUUGCAAUAAACCGAUGUCGGAACGUCAAGAUCGAAGAUGUCCAGAUCAUAGCACCCGACCAGAGCCCCAACACAGACGGGAUUCACAUUCAGUUGUCCACGGACGUCGAGAUCCGAAAUGCUUCCAUCAAAACCGGUGACGACUGCAUCUCAAUCGGCCCCGGAACCAAGAAUCUAUGGAUCGAGCGAGUCACUUGCGGCCCCGGCCACGGGAUCAGCAUUGGGAGCUUGGGAAAGGCGGAAGUGGAACAAGGAGUUCAGAACGUGACGGUGAAGAAGGCGGUGUUCGUACGGACUGAUAACGGGUUGAGGAUAAAGUCAUGGCCCAAAGAAAGCAACGGCUUCGUUCAGAGGGUUCGAUUCUUGGGAGCCGUCAUGGUCGGCGUCCGUUUCCCUAUCCUCAUUGACCAGAACUAUUGCCCCGGCGACUCUCAAUGUCCUCCUCAGGAAUCGGGAAUAAGGAUAAAUGACGUAAUAUACGGCGGAAUAAUGGGGACAUCGUCGACGAAGAUUGCGAUAAAGAUGGACUGCAGUGAACAAUUCCCAUGCACUCGAAUUCGCAUGCAAAACAUCAACCUGACUUAUUACGGUGAUGCUGCCGUCACUUCCUGCUCCAACGUCGUCGGCUCCCAACUUGGUUUCGUCAUUCCCAAAGGUUGUCUAUGAGAAC